CCUCGCACAGAUACACAAUAUGCUAGGCUAAUGUGCAUUAGCCUAGGCUAAUGUAGGUAAAAAAAAGUUAAUCAGAGUUUAUUCAUUCAUGCUAGCUCUGUUCACUUGCUAGCUCUGAACAGUUUAGUAGCCUAAAACUAACAUUUUGUAAAACUAUUUAUUAUAGACAUGGUACAAAGGAAAGAGACAGGGAAGAAAAGACAGGGAGAGAAUGUCAAGGUAAAAUACAAUCAGUGGAGAGAGGACAGGAUGGAGGGUGCCAUUAAAGAAUAUAGGGAGGCAGUAGAGGCAGGGCAGAAUCCCAAACUAAGAUUCUUGGCAAGAGCAUGGGACGUGCCAAAGUCAACUUUGGAAAGACAGGUCAAUGGGAAGAUCAGUGGCUCCAAACAUGCCUCUGGCAGGAAACCCUACCUGUCAGAGGCAGCAGAAAAAGAACUUUCCAGCAUAAUAAAAAUGCUAUCUCAUCGUGGUUUCCCCUUGGGCAAGAAAGAUAUUCAAAAGCUUGCUUUUAGCUUUGCCAAAGCUAAUGGCAUUAAAUGCUUUUCGGAAGCCAAGGGUUCAGCUGGUUACCACUGGUUCAACAAUUUCAUGAAACGUCACAAAGAACUGAAGAUCAAAAAACCUGAAAGAAAACCUGGGAUGAAAUAUGAAACAUUUAAGAGUUAUGUUAAGGUUUAAGGUUAAAUCAUUUUUUAAUUAUUUUUGUAUUCAUACAACACCUGAUUCCCUAUUUUACUCUGUUCAGCCCUUCUAUUACUAUGUUCAAUUGUACUAUAUACUAUAUGUUCAAAUAAAAAAAAAUAUUUCAGCUGAACAUGAAUGUCCCACUUUACCUUACCAGUUGUCCCAUUUUACCUGAACAUGCCAACAACGUGAGAGAAGGGAUCUUGGUGUGUUUGAAGGUCUGUAGUUUCUAAACAAGUAUACUUUACAACAUCAUUUCAAAAGAGGAAUACUGCAGAGAUUCGUGAUAAUUUAUAAAAACAUUGGCGGAGUGAGUAACUAGCUUUUUUGAUGGUCUCCUGGUAAUUUUACCAAAAAGUGUCCCAAAUUACCUGAUUCAUAACAACAAUAAUAACGACAAAGGAUCCUAUUUGACUUUCCGUUGUUUCCAUGGUAACCUACAUCAUUUUAACACAUCACCACCACGUAAUGUAAGUGUUCAGAGGUCGUGGUCAUUUCAUGUAUUUCUGUGUGUAUCGGGUUGAUUAAUUAAUUACAGCAGGCUACACGUCACAUGUUGUGAAGCAGAGCUGACAGGACAGCCAUUAACUAACAGCAGUUGCUGUCUGACGUGUUGUGUGAUGAUGAUGAUGAUGAUGCCAGAAGCGCUCAAAGUUUGUGAGGACAGAGGUUGAAGCUGAACUCCGCGGAUGCAGCUGAGGAGGGAAUGCAAACAGGGAUAACUGAGGAGAGGACGAUACCACCCACCCCCCUCCCCAACUCACAUGACUACGAUUAGAGCAGAGGAGGAGUGUGGUGGGACAGACAGAGGGAGAGAUGUUGCAGGUAUGAGGGUGCUACACUGGUGCGUACUGGGACUGACCACCCUGCUGUUGGCGUGUGAGGUCACCAUCAGUCAGCUGUGCAACUCCCUCAUCACCCUGGUGGUCGCGUUCCAGACACUCUUCAUCCUCAUGUGGAUGGCUCUUCCUCCUAUUCAAAGUGCAAAUGUAAAAAGAUCUCAGCCUUCCUCUCUGGACGCAGCUGCGUCUCCUCCACAUGCUCCCUCCUCAUCAUCAGCACUUCCUUCCAUCCCGGCCACAGAGUCAUCCAUCGAACCUUCACGUGUCCUGCAGACAGCCACCGAUGAGUCAAGCGUUCCUGUUGAACCUCCCAAUCCUCAGCCUAACCACGAAACAGCAUCAGUGGUCAACUCUCAUGAGCUCAUCUCCCCAAAUAUCUCUCCUCCAGCUCUCGUCUGCGGCCUGUCCUACGCUGACAGCAGGUCUGAGGCUUUCGGAGCUUUCUUUAAUGUUCUCGUCCUGGCCUCUCUUAGUAUGUCAUACUUGCUGGAAAUCAUCGGCUUUUUCAUGGAUCCUGAACCAGUACAGCGCCCCCUGCUGCUUGUGGUUGUCGGAGCUGUCAGUCUGCUCCAUAAAAUCUUGGUGCUCGGGCUGAACUGGGAUCAGCUGCAGGGCGAAAGGGGCUGGGCCGCCAGGGGGCAAGAGACCGAAUGUCACCUUGAAGUCAACCACAAAGCCUUGGCUGAAGAGGAAAACCAGACUGAACCACGGCAAGUCCUGGAUGAUGUUAGCCAAGUCCAAUCUGCUGUGGACGACGUGCUCCACAAUGGGGCGCUUGUCCUCUGCAACCCGGGAGCCUCCACUAUCCCUGAAACUGACUCUCAGGCCCCAGAGCAACAGCAAGAGGUCCACCCGCACCCAGCAGCUCCACAGGACAGCCAGGACUGUGAAGUAGAGAAGGGCGUUGUGGAUUUGAAGGCCUGCAAGUGUGAGAGUCAUUCAAAAGACAUCGCAGAGAUUUCUAAAGACAGUACCUGCGUAGGACAUCUCGACAAUGAAAAAGCAGUCUGCAAGUCAACGCAUCACAAUGAGAGCCCUGUACCAAGCAGCCGGUGGCCAGUCUGUCUCCUUUUAUUCGUCUUCGUCAUUCAGGACCUGUUAACCUCCGUUCUCGGUCUGAUCAACAGCCUGGUGAUGCUGCUGGUCGGUCCACACUGCCUCCACAGCUCUGGGCCCUGCAGCCUACUGGUUUACCUGGAUCCUUGCCUCUCCGUACUGGCUGUGAUUACAUUGAUGACCAUAGUUACGCCACAGGGUCGCAGGUUUGGGCUGCUGCUGCUACAGGGCAUACCUCCACACAUUUGUGUGUCUGAUCUUGGACAGAGGAUUAUGAGUGUGCCUGGAGUGCAGGCCGUGCAUGACCUCCACAUCUGGCAGCUGACUGAUUCAUUGAUGGUGGCUUCUGUGCAUGUGCACUGCCAUGCUGGGUUUCCGACACACAGGUGUGCUGAUCUGAUGUUGGGGGUCACCAAAGUGCUGCAGAGUGUAGGAGUGAGCUGCUGCACCGUACAGCCAGAGUUUGUUGCCUGCUCAGCAUCCUCUGCAGGCAGCCAGGGUGGCGCUUCCCCAGUCGUCGAGGACCCCUCCCUGCCUCCUGUCCUGGCCUGCAGCCUGGCCUGUGGAGAGGCCUGUGCUGGGAGUAUGUGCUGCACUCCCGUCGGGGAAACAAAAACAAAGGAAGAGCCUGAACAGACACCGGUGAUCGAAAACACCAAUCAAUGACCGUCGGUUUUAGCAAAAUUACACUGGAGGAAAAUAAAUGAAUGAUCGGAUAUCCAGAUGUCCAGAUGGUGAAUGGAGAAAUCAACAUAUUUGAAAGUGUCAUUUCUAUCAUGACUGCUCAUUUUCAUUGAAAUAUGUCAGUCACCAAAGAUUCCUGCGUAAUAUCAAGUCUGUCAAAGGAUUAACUGGAAAGAUUUUUAUGUUGCAUCAUUUGUAUCUGGAAACUGUAUUCUAAUAAAAACACAAGUGUCUCCUCUCA